CCGUGGAUCAAGCAUCUGCGCUAUUCUCGAACAAAAUAAACAAUUCCUUGCGGUACAGGUGCACAGGAGCUGGUGUAAGAUCGUACGAAUUGCUCGGCAUGCUCCAAGGAGCGUCGUGAGUGAUCUAAGUGAAGCAAAUGUUCGAGUAAAGGGGAGCAACCAGCUUCGAAAAACCGGUCUCUCUCGCUCUCUGGCUGCAGCAAGAGCCUCAGGGUGGGGCGAGGAGGCCAAACGUCCGUCUGUCUGUAACGAGUGACAGGCUCUUUUACUCGAUUAGUCGACUGGUGCGCUUUAUCGUGUUCGAGUGUCACCUCAGUGCAGUGCACAAACGGUGUUUUUCAUGGGAAUGUAGUGGCUGCGGUGCAUUGUGUGCAAUAAAUACAUACAGACACAUACAUACGUAUACACGCAAGGUGUACGAUAGCUUUGUGCCGUAUAGUAAUCGACAAGCGUCGUCGAGAUGUCGUCGACGGAUGCCACCCUGAUGGAUUUUCUCUUCCCGCGGGAAGACGCGUUUUUAAAAGUCGACGUUAAGGACGAGCCUUUCAUAGAUCAGAGCUACAGCGACGACGCCAUCGCGGCGGAAGAAUGGCCAACCAACCCGGACGACUUCCUGGACUCCAUUUUCAAGCUGGAGGAUAAUCAGUUCAAUCUGAUCGACAAUGACCUGGACGCGAUCCCGUCUUCAUCGUCGGACAGCGGACUUUCAAGCGCAUUGAGUCUCUCCUGCGAGCAACAACUAAGCCCGUUCCUACCAAUCGAGGAGGAUCAACUAGAGAUCAGCAACUCUGAAAUGAGUAGUCCACAGGAUGUCAUGGAUUUCGAUUCUUUGGGCAGCCCUAUUCAAUCGAUGGCCAGCGUGGACAGUCCUGUUAGGUCGGUGGUUAGUUCCAACAUCGGAUCACCUGCCACCGAUGUCGCCGAGGAAAUGGACGUGGAACACACCCUCGUGGCUGUAGUGAACCCGACAAACACCUUGGCGGAUGCUAACACGACCAUUGUGACGGAGCAACCGGUUCUCGAUUUAGAAAAAGCACCGAAGCAACAACAAAUUCAUGUCGCAUCUGCAGAAAGUAACACGAUAAACGUCCGUAAUAUCACGUGCAAUGGGAAACGGAAUAUUAGGCAGUUGAUACGCGUCACGCCAAUGGGUUCUGGUAAUCCAAGAUCGAUUCUACUGCCGGUGAGCCUGAAAGACAUGAAGGAAGUACGAACUAUCAAGAUCAUCAAUGCUUCGCAAGCUAGGAAUCUCAAAGGAUUCAAGAUCAACCAGGCUAAUAUCAUUAAUAAACCAGUUCAGAUGAACAUCAAACAAGAAGAUUCGAGCAGCGAGAAGGGUUGCAAUUCGAGCGACGAGAUCUCGGAGUCGGAUUCUCCGUACCCGAGGCUAAAACUGAACGCCGAGGAGAAGCGUCUGCUCCAAAAAGAAGGAAUCACGCUGCCUACUCAUUAUCCGCUGACGAAGCACGAGGAGCGCGAGCUCAAGAGGAUCAGACGUAAAAUCCGCAACAAGAUCUCUGCGCAGGACUCGCGAAAGAGGAAAAAGGAGUACGUGGACGGAUUGGAGGAUCGUGUGAAGCAGUGCACAGAGGAGAACAUGACGCUUCUGAAACGCAUUAAGGCUCUACAGUCGCAGAAUCAGAGCCUGGCCGGGCAACUAAAGAGGCUGCAGGCUCUGUUGCAAAAAGGCAACAAGAGCGCCCAGCCUGCCACUUGUCUGAUGGUCUUGUUGCUCUCGUUGGCUCUCGUCGCCGUGCCGAAUCUACGGCCACACUCCAAUUCCAACAACGAACUCGCGCAAGAGCAGGAACAGCCAGAGAAAAUGCCGCCGCUAGCGGGUCGUUCUCGAACGUUACUCUACACGAAACAGUUGAUGGACGAGGAACUGCAGCAAUAUAGCGAGGAGUUGCUGCAGGAGGUCGAGGGCCUUCUGGAUCACGAUUACAGCCCGACGAUUCAGCCACCCCUCUACAAACGUCCUCGCAUGGAUACGGAACCACCGCCGAAAUGCGUCUCGUCUUCCGAUCACAUCGGAGGGACGCUCUGCGGAAAACAGGAUGUCACGAUAAAACCGAACAGGAAGUACAUUGAACCUCCGUUGGACGAUGUUUGGCCCCCACCGAAUCCAGGUGGGCAGAAGAGCGCCAAGGUGGUGGACAAGCUCGAGAUGUUGACCAACGAGCUCAAGAUUAACAUCUCUGAUUCGGAAGGCACGAGAACUGUUCUCGUAAAGGUGCCUCAGGAACAGUAGGAGGAGAGACAGUCUCGCUACACUAUAUUUUUCUAUCAUUUUUGUCGUGACCUUUUGCGAUACGAUCUAUAUUUGAUACGGUACUUCCUGGAGAUCUUAGAAUAAAGAAUCAAAGACCAUGAAAGGAACGGACCACGAAAAAUUCUUUGUGCAUUGUUCGAAACAAUUAAAAGAUUUAUUAAUGACUGACACGUUGAAAACUCUUAUGUCUUUAAUAAUAAUAGGAGGCUAACGACGAAUGAAGUUGUGAAUGAAAAUUUCUAUUUUUACCAAUGAUUAUUGAAACUCUCGCAGGAUCCUCAAAAUUAUUUUGAACCGUACGUUCAUUGCCUUCUAGUUGGCCGUAUCAAACUGUCGCAAAUGAGCAGUCGUGAAAGGCUCGAUGCAGAUUAGAAUGAUCUCCUCCCAAUGAGAAAUGUAUGUAAAGAAGGAUAGAGAAUUCAAGAGUUUGUUUCGUACUUUUUAAUUGCUUUGCUGCGUGAAUAUUUUCUAUGGAUUAAUAAGGAUCCGUUCGACAAGUAUGACUGAAGUAGUCAGUCGAUAUUUUUUAUUAAUAGUCACGCGGUUAGGAAAAUUUAAUUCGCGAAUCCGUACUUUUAUGUUUUAAGGAUAGUUUUUCGAAUUAUUCUUCUAUAUUUUCUUCCUAUUCUCGCGUGUCUUUGAUGUUAAGUCAUCGAAGUCUCACCUGUAAUGCAACUGCGCCUUUUACUCAGUGAUAUCUUGUAUUUCACUAAUUGAAUUUAUUCUCAUCGAUCAUUUCGAAAGUUACUGCACACUGUCAUCCAUCGUUUUUAGGUGAUUUUUCAAGAGUUUUUAUCGAUUGAAUGAUAUUUAAGAUUUAUCUAUUUAUAAGCAGAAUCUAUUAUAAGAGUUUUACAGUUAUUAUUCAUGUUGCCGAUAGUAAGAGAGAAAGAGAGGAGAAGUUUGUAAAUAGUGAUUAUAUUAAUCGUCGAAACGACACAAAAAAGAUAUAUUAUUAUUAUUAUUAUUAUUAUUAUUAUUAAAUAUAUAUUAUAAAAGAUAUAUAUUGUAGCUUUAAGGAACUUCAUAAGAUAUGAUUUAUAACUUCGUAUUACUGUACGCAAAAGAUGCUAUUUACGGAAGUAUAGUAGAUAAAUUGUAAGUAACUCGUUGAGAUAAACAAUUUGUUUGUAAUAUUAUACAUAUGUGUACUAUCGAAAAGGGUGUAGCGUGUAUAUUUCGAACCUAUAACGCGUGAUAGAUACUUUUAUUUGAAGAGAAAGCUUCGCCGUACAGUUCUUGCGGGCUGGGGUAUCAUAGUUAAUAAUUAAUUUAAUAUUAUAUUAUAUGAGACGUUUACGAAAUGCAAACCAGAGGUGCACUUGCUACGCAAACUACAAAUGGAACGUAUUUAAAUACGAAAACUGUGUGUUAUCGACACCAGGUCAGAAGACUGUAUCAUAAGUUUAAUCGUAUCCCGAUAUAUAUAAAUAUAUAUCUUAUUCUUUCUUCAAACUCUACGCAUAUUCUCCUCGUCCCGUUAAAAAAAAAGAAAAAAAGGAUUAAAUCCUCACGUUUCUUAAUUAAGUUAUUCGUCUUUAUUUUAUACGCGAAGCGACGUGCAUAUGAAAUAUGGAUACGCAGUGAAUUGUACAUAAUAAAUAUACGAGAGUAACAUUCGUUUCAUAGUUCGUACUUACAUUAAUUUGCUCUUUCUCUCCGAUGAAAUUGCUGGAAGAAUGCAAGUAUACACGUCGAACAAUUAACGAUGACAUUCGAGAGGCAAAUUCAGGCUCUGUCCUUCGUGAUGUGGCGAGAUUUCACGUAACUUAAAAGUUCUGUCGUUCUUCCAAAGAAUUCUAAUUGCAUACACAUAUAGGAUGAUAAUCAUCGACAUCGAUACCGAAGCACCGACCACGAUUUUUAUUUAGAUAAGUUCAACGAUACAUUCCUACCAGUAAUGUUCAUUCAAAAAUAGAACGAUUCUAUUUUUGCACGUAUGUAAAAGGGUUAAAGGUAUUACACUUUAAAUUUCAUUCAAUAUACGUGUAAUGACAUUAGAAAAUAAAAUGUUACAUUCAGAACACUA